AUGCUUGCGGAGUUGAUUGAAUUACAAGAAUUUGAAGCAUCGGAAGAUCGUAUUUGGUGCGUAGCUUGGAAUCCAACAGGAACAUUACUUGCAUCGUGUGGUUCAGACAAAGUAAUCAAACUUUGGGGACGUGAAGGAGAACGAAAUUGGGUAUGCAAAAGUACCAUCACUGAUGGUCAUACACGAUCGAUUCGAUCCGUUGCUUGGUCAUUUUGUGGCAAUCGCUUGGCAUCGGCAGGUUUCGAUGCGAAAGUCUCGGUGUGGGAGAGAGAUGGUCAAGAUUUUGUCUUACAAACAACAUUAGAAGGACACGAGAACGAAGUUAAAGAUGUGGCAUUCUCUCGUAGCGGACUUUACUUGGCAACAUGUGGACGGGAUAAAAGCGUUUGGAUUUGGGAAUAUAACGAAGAAGAGAAUGACUUCGCUUGUGCUGCCGUUUUAACAACACAUACACAAGAUGUUAAGCAUCUCAAAUGGCAUCCACAGAAAGAUGUUUUAGCUUCGUGCAGCUAUGACGAUACAAUCAAAAUGUUCGUUGAAGAUAACGAUGAUUGGACUUGUGCAAGCAGUUUAGAAUCGCAUAAAUCAACAGUUUGGUCGUGUGAUUUUGAUGUCACUGGGAAACGAUUAGUGUCUUGUAGUGAUGAUAAAACUGUGAAAAUUUGGCAUGCCUAUGAAAAAAAUAAUCGAGAAGGUAUACGUUCACCGAGUGGAGUCUAUCCAGUUUGGAAAUGUGUAUGUACAAUCAGCGGUUAUCAUACACAAGCGAUCUACGAUGUAAAAUGGUGUUCCUUGACCGGUUUGAUUGCCACGGCGUCCGGUGAUAACGCAAUUCGUAUCUUUCGCGAAGAAGAACGACAGCAAAUGGAUGCUCCUCCAAGUUUUUCAUUAGUUGCUUCCAAUACACAUGCACAUCUGCAAGAUGUGAAUCGUAUAUCAUUCAAUCCCAAAGAAGCCGGUCUACUGGCAUCGUGUUCAGACGAUGGCACGAUCAAACUAUGGCGAAUUGAACAGAGACCUUCUUGA